AACUUCCCCUCUUUGUGGAGCAGGAAAUAGCCCUCCAACAAGGGCUGGGAAAACUUCCCAGACUCCCAGUGCUGGAGCCCAAAUCUAUUGACACUUCAGUAGUUACCACCACCCCCAAUCUUUGUGGCAACUGCAAACUUUAUCAGUGAUGAUUUUAUAUUCUCUUCUAGGUCAUCGAUAAGAAUGUUAAAUAGCACAGGGCCAAGAUCCAAUCCUUGCGGGAACCUGAUAGAAAGAAAUCCACUCGACCAUGGUUCCCCAUUUACAAUCACAGUUUUUAAUCUAUUUAAUGUAUGCCGUGUGUAUUUUGUAACAUUCUAGUUUUUUAGUCAAAAUAUUGUGCUGAACCAAGUCAUAUGCCUUACAGAAGUCUAGGUAUAUUACAUCAAUAAUAUUAGCUGCAACCAAACUUUUGAUCUCAUCCAAUAAGGAUAUCCAGUUAAUUUGAUAGGAUCUAUUUUCUCUAAACAUUUGUUCAUGGGUACUAAUUAUAUUACCCUCCUUUAAUUCUUUAUUAAUAAAUCCAGUAUUGGCUGCUCUAUUAUCUUGUCCAGUAUCGAUGUCAGACUGACACUCUUGUAAUUAGCUGGGUCAUCUCUUUUACACUUUUAAAAUAUUGGCACUGCAUUAGCUUUAUUCCAGUCUUCUGGAAUUUUCCCAGUGUUCCAAGUUCUAAUUAAAAUCAACAUUAACAGUCCACCACGCUCCUCCACCAGGCCUUUUAAAACUCUUGGCUACAAGUUAUCUGGACCUGCUGAUUUAAACAUGUCUAACUUUAAUAGCUGCUGUUUAAUGUCCUCAUGAAUUCUUGUUGGAAUGAAAAGAAUGUCAUCAUCAACAUCUUAUGAUAUGAGUACAACAUCUGUUUUUCUCCAAAUCCAGGAGAGAAAUAUUUAUUGAACACUUUUACCUCUUCUGCAUUAUUUUUGAUAAUUCUGCCAUUUCCGUCGAGUAAUUUACCACUACCAUUGUUAGGAUUAAUUUUGUACUUAAUAUACUGUUAGAAACUUCCUUCUUAUUGUCAUUGAUUGGUCAUUGAUUUCUUAUAGCCAGUCUUCUACAAUUCUGACCUUCUCACUUAUAUUCUUUACUAUUGACUUCCCCUUUCUUCCAUAUAUUUUAUUUGGAGUGUGUUGGGAUUCCUACCAGGAAGCCACCAGCAGGGUCCAGAGACAGCCCCAUCUCCUAUAUCAAGCUCUGGCUAGUAGGGGCCAGUGACCUUCGAGGAGGUGGCUGUGCAUUUCACCAGGGAAGAGUGGGCUCUGCUGGACCCCACUCAGAGAGCCCUCUACAAUGAUCUCAUGCAGGAGAACUAUGAGACGGUGGUCUUGCUGGGGUUUCCAGUUUCCAAACCUGAUGUGAUCUUGCAGCUGGAACGAGGGGAAGAGCUGUGGGUCCUGCACUUUCACGGCUCUGAGAAAGAAGUGCUCCCGAGAGCUGCCUGCACAGGGAGUGACCUAUGUCUGGAUUCUCUCUGUCUCCCAUCAGGUGUUGGGAUGGUGAGUGAGAACAAGGAGAAACCCCAGCAGGAAGAUGCUGAGCAAGUAGAAUCCCAUGGGAUGUUAUCAGGAAGAUCCAAAGGGAAUGAUUCCAGGAGUUGUGCACUCCCAGAAAAAGCAAAAACCUGUGAGAGUCAGCACAGGCCAGAGGGAAACUUCAGUAGCCACUCAGACCUUAUUACACGUGAGAGAAUCAACUUGAAAAAGACACGCUACACAUGCCAUGAGUGUGGGAAAAGCUUCAAUGGGAGCUCUGACUUUCUCACACAUCAGAGAAUCCACACAGGAGAGAAGCCCUACACAUGCUCUGAGUGCGGGAAAAGCUUCAAUCGGAGCUCAUACCUUAUCACACAUCGUAGAAUCCACACAGGAGAGAGACCCUACACGUGUUCUGAGUGUGGGAAAAGCUUCACUCAGAGCUCUGCCCUUAUCACACAUAAGAGAAUCCACACGGGUGAGAAACCAUAUGGAUGCUCUGAAUGUGGAAAAUGCUUCAGUCGGAGCUCACACCUUAUCAUACAUGGGAGAAUCCACACGGGUGAGAAACCUUAUGGAUGCUCUGUGUGUGGGAAAUGCUUCAUUGGUAGGUCAGUCCUCAUCUCACAUCAGCAAAUCCACAUGGGAGAGACUCCCUACACAUGCUCUGUGUGUGGGAAAAGCUUCAAACACAGCUCACACCUUAUCAGACAUGAGAGAAUCCACACUGAUGAGAAACAUUAUGAAUGCUCUGAGUGUGGGAAACGCUUCAAACACAGCUAUGUCCUGAGUAGACAUCAGAGAAUCCACGCAGGACAGAUGCCCUACACAUGCUCUGACUGUGGGAAAAGCUUUAAUCAGAGCUCUGCCCUGAUCACACAUCAGAGAAUCCACACUGAUGAGAAACCUUAUGGAUGCUCUGAGUGUGGGAAACGCUUCCAGCACCGGUAUGUCCUGAGCAGACAUCAGAGAAUCCACACAGGAGAGACCCCCUACACAUGCCCUGAGUGUGGAAAAUGCUUCAAUCAGAGAUCACACCUUAUUAAACAUCAGAAAAUCCACAUGAGAGAGAACUGUAAUAAAUGCCUUGUCUAGGGCUGGCCAAAGAUUUUUUUUUUUUUAAAGUCACAUUUGCUAAUUCCCACAUAGAGAUCUUUGCACCAUCUUCACUGUGGUCUCUGAGCUCCCCCAGAUCAGUUGUCUGUUUCUGCCUUUUGCACCUUACCCUUCUUUGGGGUCAGUCCUGUGAUCUUUUCUAUCAACUCCUUUCCUUUUGAGUCGUAGGAGUGUGUGUCCCUCCAGCCAGGAAUGUUCAUCAGCUCCAGGUGGGAGACAGAGAUUUGAUCCCAACAAGCUGCACUGAGGCAAAAACUACCUGUGCCUUACAUCCACUAGGACUGUACAUGGCGUUGGCUUCUCAAGUUAGUGAUCUUGAUGUAAAAAGACAAUUAUAGUUGUACUGCAGAUGCAGCCCAGGUGCAGUGGUUGGCAUUAGCUUUCCCCUGGACCUGACCUAAACUCCAUCACUUUUCCUAGUCUAAACAAACCCUGAGCAUCACGGUUAAUCUGUCCCCUCAUUUCAAAGCAAUUGUUAGUCAUCAAGUUCCCCCGUUGGGAAGAAAUUGUUUCAGUGCCAGUUGCUCUGAUGUUGCUUCAAGUUGUGCUGGAGAGCAGAUAUUUUCACUUCCAUUUUCCUCACUUAAAAUAUAUUGAACUAUAACAAAGAACAGGGCUCGGAUAGGGAAAAAUAUAAUUUCACCCUCUGUAACAACAGAAGAAGAUAGGGUAAGUCAGAGGGAUUCCCUUAUUCCUCAUCACCAUCCCAAUCCCCCUGUUGUUCAAUUGGUUAGGUCAAUAUAUUUUCUAAAGGGCUCAGAAAAGUAUUCCCUAGUAAAUGAUUUGUAACUAAGCAAAAUACCCAUGCAGUUUGUCUCCCAAAGCAGUUGUGGCCCAGGCCCUGCAGGAGUCACUCCUGAAGAUAUCUCCUUCCCAAUCAGUUGCCUAUUAUUUGGGAAAUGCAAUCCCUAUUUAGGUAGAGAUGGGGAAAAGGGAAGUGACAUUUCUGUUCAGCUCACCCCUGGGAGAUGCUGCAAAUGUGUAGAAAAUGAAAUCCGUGUUGAAUGUGAUAUAGCUACAGAAAGAUACCUAUUUUUAAUAGAUACCUGACUUUUGUUGUCUUACAGGGAUUCUAAGCUGCACCUGAAUUUAGUCCCUAAUUUAAAUCUGUGCCACCAGAUUAAGGAAAUUAAAGGGCAUAUUUGGGGGAGUUAUACCUCCCUAUCGCUACCCAUAUGUUGUGUGGUUGGUGAAGAAUUCUACACCAGAGAAGUGUAAAAUUACUCCAAGUAAGGUCAAAGAUUUGACAAGAACUCAGGUAGAAAUUGCAGGUCUCAGUGGUCGAUUUUCACCCCAGAGAUGGAAGCUAUGGUGACCUUGGCCCAGGUAAACUAUUUUUAGAACACUGCUCCCUAGUUAAGUGGCAUUGGUCACGCUCCUAAAGGUUGCCAUGAUUAAAUUGGGAACAACUGUCUUUUACCAUUCGGAUCCAAAGUUUCAUGAAGCACAGAGAAAAACAGCUAAUUCCUUCAGAGCCAUUCCAUGCCUAUGGGUCCCAAUCUGGCUGCCUUGUUGGACAAGAAGCACUUCCAUUCUGGGCAAAUGAUGGUAGCCAAUGAGGGAAUGUAUCAGAUUCCAAGUUCAGACUGCAGGAUACAUGAAUGCUGAGUCCAGAGUCUGUGGUUUGCUCUCUUAGUUUUCUUCUUGAGUCUAAUGCAUUUGUCUUCUCCUGCUACUUUGAAAGAUUAGAAAGUGUGAAAAUAGAGCACAGGUGUUUUUUCUCAUGAUGCAGCCUUCCCACAUAGUGUGAGACCCCUUCCACCACAGUUAUGGGAGAAAUGAACUCACAGAAAUGGAAGGCUUCUAGGUUAUUGUAGAAUGUGACUUCACACAAAGCUGACUGGCUGGAAAUGGGAAUUAAGAGAAAACUUCCCUAUAGGUUUAUAUUUUGUAAUCUUUGAAUAAAUUGUUACCAGUGACAAUGAAAUUAAACAUGAAGUUAAUUAGUGUAAAGUAAGAGGCUGAUUAUGUGAUAACUUUCAGUGUUAUAAUAUAAUUCAGGUUUUCUUCUAGUUCUCUCCCUGCCUCCUCCUACUAUAUAGGAAAUGGUGGCUAAUCCUGAAAAGCAAAACCUCACUCCAAAGGAAUUAGAGUGGGGGAACAUGUGAGAGAAAUAGCAUGUACGAGAAUGGAGACCCAGUAUAGACAGUCAUUAUUUCUAUUUCAUAUGGAAUUUAUUUUGAUAACAGAAAAUUUAUUUUAAAGUUUAAGAGGAAAAUUGCUUGAGACAAGAUGUGUAACGUUUUACUCAGUUAGAGGGUAACAGCCACAGAAUUCCCCAAUUCAGUUGUUUGCUAAACAAAGACACAUCAGGCAGGAGAGGUCAGAAUUUAAAAUGGUGAUGGAUGCAGGAUGAUUUAUUUUUGCAACCAGUUAUUUUUAUGGGUGCUGAGGCCCCUUUUCCUUUUGAGGAGGCCAGCUGUUAGAGCCCAGCUGUUUAACCCUCAGACCUGGCCGUGGAAACCUCCCCAUAACUGGCCUUGUGUUUCUUUCAUGUUUGAUACCUUUGUGGUUCGCAGGUCCACACUACAUGUGGUUUACAACAGCAGAUACUUUGAGAAAACUGCUGGGUUAAGCGGGGCUUUUUCAGACUGACACUGGCCCAAACUCUGCCUCACUUCAACUGCAGUGGGACACAUCUGUAUUGAAGGAUUAGUUCACACCUGAUUUGCCCAGAGACCUCAGGGGAGGUGGGGUAAGCUGGAAUCUACAACAAUAAAGUUAAAGGUAAGGGUGGAAGUCCUUCAGCUUUCAGAUCAACAAGCCUGUUCUGUUCAUUCCCUCUGGAGCAUCUGGCACUGGUCAUUCUCAGGCGGCAUACUAGGCUAGAUGGACCAUUGGUUUGACCUAGUAUGACCAGUCUUGUGUUCUUAUGUAAGUCGUCUAAGAGAGACUGACUGCCAGGAUCCCAGGACUGAUCCCCUCUGGGGAAUGAAGCACAACGUUGACAGGCUAUGCAGCCUUCACUAGUCUCCUUGUACCUGAAAAGCCUGCUAGCCCGAAGUGCUGGACCAUCUAUGCCAUUACCUGGUUCCUCAAUUGCAGCUACAGUUCCUACCCCAUGUGAAUCCAAAGACAAAGAGCUCAGAGAUCCAACCCCUUGUAAACUUUGAAAUUUAUUUUCCUUUUUCUAUUUUUGUCUAUUGUUUUUUUAUGGAUGUGGAGCCUUCCAGCCUUUCUAUUCGAUUGGGGUGUAACAGUGCGGCUCAGUGGGUGUGAGUGUGUAGACCCCUCUGAAAUCUACACAAGAAGAUGCUAAGAAGAACUAGUUCCCCAAAUCUUAAUAGCCUUAACACUCUGCCCUAUGAAAUGACUGCAGGCAGCUCCUUUACCUAUGGAAGCAUUGCAAGGAAUUGAGCUGUCAGAUAUACAUUGUUCAGCGAGAGCUCUUUGAACUUCUUUUACUAAUGUCUCAAUAAGGUCUGUAUCUGUGUUUUGGGGCGAGGAGAAGUAUUAGCGAUGCAAUAAUGAAAUCUAAGGAGAAAACUAAUUAGCUUUGAGGUUGUGGGCUAAAUGAGAGCAAUAAUUUGGUUUUGGUAUUGAAAUAUUCAGCUGGCUAAAUCUGGGUUGCACUGCCUGGGUGAAAAUCCAAUUGGGGUUUCAGCAUCACUAAAUAUGCACCUGCCUUCUUGGGUUGCUGUUUUAGGAUUUAUAAGGGUUGAUUUUCUGCUGUAUUAAACUGAUGGUUUGACUAAAUUAAUGACUUGAUUCCAAUGCAAUAUCCUUGUUAACUCAUCGAUUUACUGAUUUGACCUGAACUUUCUCACUGUAUUGUUUAACCCUUCGUUAGCUGAGUAGUAUUUAUAGUCAUUUAGCCUUAGUGAUGUGUGUUCUUGGUUUUAUUUGAUCAUGUUAAUAAAAUGUGUAACUGGGA